GUCUUUGGAGAGAGAAGCUGUUGCCCUUUUUGGGGGAGAACCAUGACAGUAGUGCCCAGAGAGAACCACGAUGAGACCGUGGCACUAACCGCCCUGUCCCAAGAUGUGUUCGACCCGGCGGACCAGCGGACGGACCAGGACUGCUGCGAGCGCGUGGUCAUCAACGUCUCCGGGCUGCUCUUUGAAACCCAGCUGAAAACGCUCGCUCAGUUCCCCACCACUUUACUGGGGGACCCGAGGAAGAGAAUGCGCUUCUUUGACCCUCUGAGGAACGAGUACUUCUUCGACAGGAACCGACCCAGUUUCGACGCCAUCCUCUACUAUUACCAGUCUGGCGGCCGCCUCAGGAGACCAGUCAACGUCCCCUUGGACAUAUUUAUGGAGGAGAUCAAAUUUUACCAAUUGGGAGAAGAUGUGAUCGAGAAUUUUAAGGAGGAUGAGGGAUUUAUAAAAGAAGAGGAGAGACCGUUACCGGAAAAUGAGUUUCAACGACAGGUCUGGCUUCUGUUUGAAUACCCGGAGAGUUCGGGACCCGCCAGAGGGAUUGCUAUUGUCUCUGUUCUGGUGAUUUUAAUUUCUAUUGUCAUCUUCUGUUUGGAGACGCUGCCUGAGUUUAGGGAUGAAAAAGAGAAAAACUGGGACGCCGAGCCGUCGUUGAAUGGAACUAACAGCUCUAAGAAGCCCAAUCCAUUCACAGAUCCUUUCUUCAUAGUGGAGACCCUGUGUAUCAUCUGGUUCUCCUUCGAGCUCUUCGUCAGGUUCCUCGCCUGCCCCUCCAAAACUGCUUUUUUCAAAAACAUGAUGAACACCAUCGACAUUGUGGCCAUUAUGCCCUAUUUCAUCACGCUGGGCUUGGAGCUGGCGGAGCACCAAGGAAACGGACAGCAAGCCAUGUCUCUGGCCAUCCUCAGGGUCAUUCGGCUGGUCAGGGUGUUUAGGAUCUUCAAGUUGUCCAGACACUCCAAGGGGCUUCAGAUAUUGGGACAAACCCUCAAAGCCAGUAUGAGAGAGUUGGGGUUGCUCAUUUUCUUCCUCUUCAUCGGAGUCAUCCUCUUCUCCAGCGCAGUCUACUUCGCCGAAACCGACGAUCCAGACUCCGGCUUCAGCUCGAUCCCCGACGCGUUCUGGUGGGCUGUGGUCUCCAUGACUACCGUUGGCUACGGGGACAUGUGCCCGGUGACCAUAGGAGGCAAGAUCGUGGGCUCUCUGUGCGCCAUAGCCGGUGUGCUCACCAUCGCGUUACCGGUCCCCGUCAUCGUGUCCAACUUCAACUACUUCUAUCACCGGGAGACUGAGCACGAGGAGCAGUUCCAAUACACCCAUGUGACGUGUGGCCAGCAGCAACAACCGUCUUUUGGUGAAUUAAAGAACAGUGACAGCCAACCAUCGCUUUCCAAAUCGGACUUCAUAGCCACGGAGGACGCCGACUCUAUCAAACAUACCAACUGCAGCCCACACAAAGCGCACUGCAGCCCACACAAAGCGUACACGGGGAAACUCACUAAUGUAUGAUUGUAGAGCAAACAGAAAAUACCCAGCAAUGGAAAAACAGGCAUAGCCUAGAAGAUAUUCAGAGAAACCAUGCGUUUCUUUCUGUGAGUAGCAUACACCCCCAAUUCUGCGCUCUGACUAGAGUAACGUUUGACUCUCUCUUAUUUCCGGUGUAUCUGUAUCUGCUGAAGGAAUUAUUUUAAUAGAUUAAUCAAAACGGUGGAUUAAUCAAAACGUGACUCCUGAUCUCACCUGAAAACAGUCUUCCGUUACGCGCACAGCUCUUCUUCGCUUGUUGGUUGUAAACAUAAUUAAGAGGCUAUAUUUAGCCUCAUAAACAACAACCAUGAUCAACCAAUCCCCCCUAAUUGUAGCACUUUAUUCAUGUUCUCUUAGUAAAGUCUAAUUGAUUCAGACUAAUCGCUUGUCCGUUUUCUUUUUCUUCCGUUUUCUAAAAGUAUACAUAUUGAUUUGCCUGUUUGGUGUUGAAGAGAUAUAUAACAUAAUAGGACCAAUUUGUCUAAAAUUACUUGAAUGAAUCUUAUACCUUCAGGGCAUUGUAAUUACUUAUUAAAACCCCAAGGUCACCCAGUGACUCUACCCACAACGCCCUAUUUAUUUACACCAUAUCCACGUAAUGCGUUUUUCCAUUAGACCGUUAGAGUGGGGUUUUACUGGGCAGCGCUGCCUGGCAGCAGACCCUCUAUCCUCUCUGUCAACUGUGUUGAGGGAACAGGCAUAACGGAGGUCUAUCCAUCCAUGCAGAGAUGCCAUUGUCUUUGAUAGUAGAGCCUCGGUGGUGCGGGUCCCUCUAGGAGCUGCGCAUCCACUCCAAUAAGUAUCUGUCGCUGGAGAAUUCACACCUUGACAAGCCAUUGAGGAGGCUAGACAUUACGCACAGCCCACAAUUGCCCUCUAAAAUGACCACAGGCACUAUUCAAAUGAUUUAUAUGUACGGAUCAAUAAACGAACAGCAUCGAAUCUGAAUCGAAUGAAUCAAAUAUGAUACUAUUGACAUUGUUUACAACAUUUCGUCUUUUUUAAAUUAUUUUUAUUAUACAAUCUCACCAAAACUAUAUAAGUAGGUAGGAGGCCUAUUAGCGAAUAGUGCACUAGAUAAUACUAGAUAAUAUCAAGUCUCUCGGAUGAUUCUUCUUCUUGGGAUAUUACAGAUGAAUGAAUGAAUGCGUUUAACAACUUGGCGUGGGGGUAGGAAAUGAACAGAGCGCCUUGUAGUGUUCAGACAGACGGUCAGAUGCGGAGUAUAUUUGGACCCAGAGCGCCGCUUUGUGGACAGUUCGGCAACUGCAGACGCGGUGUGGAAGCUGGUUAGUUUCUAUAGCAACCUUCCAGACUGUUCUGACAGGGGAAAUAUGUUACUGUCUGCCGUUAAACAGAACAGAGGACGGAAGGAUUGACUGACGACCUGAUUGAAGGUGUUUUCAUUGUAACCCAAUGAAUGCUGCUACACAGCGCCCGACUUGAGUUAUGUAGAAAUAUGAUUAAAUGAUAACGAAGAUGAUUUUGGCAGCUAUGUUCGUGUCCUGGGAUGAAUGGUUAUAUAUGGUGUCGUCUAGACAGGCAGAGAAAGCAGAGACAGACAGAGACCUAUACUGCAGGCAGAAAUGUAUUGAUAUCAGAAUCACUAGAAACCCAUAUUGUCUUUGGUAAAAAAAACUCCCCUGACUCCGAGGCAGAAGGAUCAACAGCUUAUUGGCCACUUAUAUCACCAGCGUUGUACAAGUCACCUUGCGUUCCAGGACACCUUGCGUUCCAGGACACCUUGCGUUCCAGGACAACUACAUUUCAGGACACCUUGUCUUCUGAUGCCGUGUGACAUCGCAAUAUCACUUUGCUACAGUGGACUACUACCUGACCACACUGACCCCCUCCAUCCCUCUCCACCCCCCUUCUCCAUCACCAUGUCACCUGACCACACUGACCCCCUCCA